UGAAUUUGUCAUUUCCUUGUUGGAACUGGAAAACUAAACUGGAAUCCUCUUAUAUUUUCCAAAAAAAAAAAAAAAAACCCUGGAAUCCUCGUAAUCUUAUAUCUAUUUUAUUAUAUUCAUUUCCUCUGACUGAUCGCUCAUCGGAUCAUCCAUAAAUUCCCACCACUGUUGGGGUUCAGCAAUUACAACACAUAUGGAUCCUUCGUGCCUUAGUUUCCUGAGAUGUUUUCUCUGCUGCCAAGAUGAGAUUGAUGAUUCUUAUUAUGUAGAUGUAGAUUUAGGUGAUACUAGGACAAGCCUAUCUCAUACCAUCAGAAACCUUUUCAGAAAAACAAGUUCUCAUUCGGAUUACACCAUUGUUGUUAGUCAUAGUCCUUCUCCCGCUUCGGUUCCGCGCAAUAAUACCGCGAAUCACAGAUCUUCUCAUAUUCAGAGUCAAAGAUCAUUGCAAAAUGAUAAUGAAGCAAGGCAGGUUCUACGAGCUGAACUGCUUUCCGCGCUUUUACGAAGAUCACAGACACAAAUACCCUCACCUUCUAGACCACCUCAACCCGCAUCAUCCCCUCAAACCCGAACAUCUUCAUCUAAACUACCACAAUCUUCUUUUGUUAGUUCAUCUCCAACCCCACCAAAGCCUGUAAAGCCUUCAACUUUGUAUAAGACACCUGAGUCCUUGAUGGAUUCUCCUUCUUCUUCUCGAUCUGACUCGCCGUCCCAGAAGCAGCGUCCGAUCCUGAAGCCCGUUCUUACAAUGGUGUCACAUCAGCAAGGGAAAUCAUUCCCAACAGAUACAUUACCUUUGUAUUUAAUUCCUGAUAAUGUCAAGGAAUUGAUCAAGAAAGAUAUUGUACCGGAUGUUCUGAAGAAGCCCGUUUCUCCCUCUACGUACAAGGAUUUCUUUUCAAUUCUGUUAUAUGCUGAGGAAUACUAUUAUGAGAAAUGGAGCAAAUAUAAACUCGUGAAUGUGACAUUGGAGUUGCAUAAAGCAGCAGGCUAUAAGAAAUUAGACAAGCGAAAAGGUGUCGAACAAAAUGAAGAGAAGGAUGAUACGAUCUUUGUGGCAUUCAAGAUCGAUGAUAUUCGUGAGAGACGACCAUUUCUUUUGUCAAGGGAUUUGGCUUAUGCACGACCUUCGGGUAGUGAAGAUGAACCCUUUCAGGGCAUAAUCCAUCGUGUGGUGAAUAGUAAUCUUUUAUUAGUUAAGUUCGAUGACGACUUUCAUUCUCAGCAUUAUCCGAGUCGCAGAUAUGAUAUCAGUUUCUCAUUCAACAGAGUCUCUCUGAAAAGAGCCCACCAAGCGCUCAAUUCUGUGUCGGAUUCUCUAUUCGAUAAUUUCCUCUUUCCAAGUUGUGUAUCCCGGAAUAGUAGCAUCACCACACCAGCUCCCACUUCAACCACUUGCAGACUCGAUGCAGAAAUAUCCUCGACUGUUCGUCAGAUUUCAAGCAUUCAGAGCUCACCGCCUUAUCUCAUAGCCGGUCCAAUGUGUGCCUCUGAAGCUAAAGCGGCAUCACACUUAAGAGUACCAUCGAGAACCGGAGUGGUCAUCCGAGAAGCAGUGAUACAAACCCUCAAAACCUCCCCACAUUAUCGAAUUCUCAUCUGUUCUCAUUCAAACAGCGCUUGUGAUGUCCUAAUGCGAGGUCUAAAGAAAACAAUUCCCAAGUCGCAAAUGUUUCGAGCCAAUGCUGCAUUCAGAGAGAAAGAAGAUGUGCCUGCAGACAUCCUCUCCUCAUCUCUUUACGAAGAGGAGUGUUUCAUCUGUCCACCACUUGAGACACUUCGUGAAUUCAAGGUGAUCUUCUCAACCUUCGUGAGCUGUUUUCGUCUUCACAAUGAAGGCCUGCCCGUUGGACACUUCAGCCAUAUAUUCAUGGUGGAUGCUUCUUUUGCCAUUGAGCCAGAGGCAAUGGUGCCUUUGGCUAACUUUGCUGAUAAAAAUACAGUUGUUGUUGUAACCGGUGAAGUGGGUUCUUCUCCAGGUUGGGUAAGAUCCGACAUUGGUAGAAGAAAAGGAUUGAAGACCUCGUAUUUCGAGAGACUGCGCAAGUUUAGUCCAUAUCAUAGCCUCAGCCCGAGUUUCAUCACUCAGUUGGACUUGAAUCGAGAGGCCUGUCUUUUGUGAUUCUCUUGAAUCUUGCGUAAUUACUAUGCUGAUAUUAUGGUUUGCUAUUUUUUAUUUGGCAUUUUGUUUGUUCAUCCUUGCUCUAUGCGGUGUCCAGUGCUUGACUCUGCCAGUUAAACAAUGCAUGUAAAGGAAGUUUGCUGAUUUCAUGAUCUCAAACCUUGAAUUUUCUUGGAUUAAAUGGGAGCAAAUAGACAAACUAAAUAAUUUCUUC